AUGGAAGAAUUUUUGAUUCAAUCAGAACUUACUCAUCUACAAUCAGUUCUAGAAGAAAAUGGCAUUAAUGAUUUAGAAAUUCUGGGCGAGCUUAUUGCUCAUCCAGAUGAUAUGAAGGCGGUUAUAACAAAUGUGGGAGCACGAUUGAAGCUAGAAAAGAAAUAUCAACAAUACGUACAAGUAAAUAAGGAUAUCCUCGAAUUAAAUCUUCCAGUGACUUCAGGUGGUGGAUUAGUAAAUCCUUUACCACUUCAAUUGAUUGAACAAUUCAUUAAUAUACCACCCGAAACAUCUGAAAGUAAUUCAGUGGCUCCUGUCUUAUGUGGACAUCCAAUUGGAGUAGCUCUUUUGAAGAUUGGAAAGUUCAACAAAAAACUGACGACUCAAUAUCAAUCGAUGAUAGUUGACAUUAUUGUUUGUGAGCUUUUACGUAUUCCACGACACGUUACAAAUGAUGAUCUUAGUGAAGUUGCUCAACAAAUAGUGCUGUUAUUUGAAGAAGAGUGUGUCGAAACAUUCUAUAUACCACCCGUGAAAAAAAGAGAUUCAAGAUCAAAUUUAUCAGAAGUUUCAAAAGGAAAGCUGCCAGAUAAACUUCGUAAUUUGAGAACAAUAAUUCGUGAAGCAGCUCGUAUUGGAAAAGAAGUAACGAUAUAUACAGAGAAAGAGAAUCACGACCAAAAAGAAAUAGCAACAGCAGAAGAAAGCAAAAUUUGGCUUGUGCAUAACAGAGAAUCGACUGAAGUAUUAAACCAUUGGAAUUCAUCGUACAUUCUGCGUGAAAUAGAUUUAGAUGAGAAGAACUAUGCUAGCAUUGAAGACGUGUUAAACAAUUGGCCAAUUUUAAAAGAAUCAAAAAGCUUUGAGCUGAUUGAGAAAGACUUUGAUAGAAAGUUUCCUAAUGCUGGUAACACUUUCAUCCUAGAAUGGGAUAAGUUUUUUGGAAAUCUAUUGAAUUUAUAUGGACAAAAAAUUACAGACCAGGAUUCUAUAUACGUAAAACUCUUAGAUAACAAGGACAGCCAACUUCGAGCAGACAGUAAAACUGCUAUACAGUUCUAUCUAUUAGCGAGUUUAAUGGCUCCAAAGUCUAAUAAAACAGGGGUUAAGAAAAAAGAAAAAACAACGAAUAAUGAACGAUUAGGUUUUUGGAAACCGAGUAUUGCUGAAUCGCGUGAAGGCUUCAUUCUUCACGUACAGAUUCCCGGAGACAUAGAGACUCGGAUAUAUUCUAAACAAAAAGCAUUGAUUCAAAAAGGAUUGCAUCUGCAGCCAUUAGUGAUUGCUAUAGGAGAAGAUUUGACGAAUAUUACUAAGUCGUAUGUAAGAUUUGAAUCAGUUACAUAUGAACUGCCAUCACUUUUAAAAGCUAUUGAUGUUCUGUUCAAAAUAUAUUUAGUUUUUAAUUUAGCUUACCCGUUAGAAUGCGAGAAUUUCUGUUACUUGAUACAGUGGGGAGUCUAUCAAAUUAAAACUAAAUCGGACACGAAAAUUCCGUUGGUAUUUAAUACAUUAAAUAAGUUAAAGCCCAAAGAUAAAUAACACUUUGUUAUAGU